AUGACUGGACCAAGUUCCAACUUCCACAGUGCCUACUCUACCCUUCCUACCACGCCCCCUACACCCGAAAACGAAACUCAUCUACGAAGACCAUCACAAGUCACCGAGAUCAUAGAGAAGGUCAACGCAAAGCUUAGGCGCCUCUUUGGUAGUCGAAGGGGAUCAGUCGAGGACGAACACACAUCGCUCAACGCUACUGUCAGUGAACGCCCGAGUGGACCGCCAGACAACUCGCAUAACCAGCGUUAUCCUGGAGAUUUUGUUGGGAUGAGCGUGGCUUCCCUGCCAAAUGCAACGUUCCAGAAGAGACGAAGAAGCAUCAUGCAGACGCAGUCGAACUCCGACCUACACUACUGUGGAGAUGGCGAACUGGAGCAGCUUCAUAGCCUCCAAUCGUAUAGCACACAAAGUACGAGAUAUGGAGGACGAAAGCGAAAAGACUCUCAGUUCAGCUUAAGCGAUUUGUUGAAACCUCGAAGAUUCAGCAAAGCAGAGAAAGGGAAGGGGCGGAUGGAAUACGAUGAAGAAGCUGGAUCAACCUCCCAGGACCAACUCCUCCAUACCAAUCGAGAGACCUCGUCAGAUCCAGUCAGACUCCCUCUAACGGAACAUGGGACUUUGCCUCUUGGAUCAUCUGACCAGCCUACUGGCCCUUCAACGCCGUCGUCAGCUGCAGUAUCACCGAUGGAGCAAACCAUACCCAUAAGGCCGAAGCGUGCCAUAACUUCAAAACCAGAGCCUGCCACGAGAAAGGUAAGCGUACGUCUUGUACCACCGACACCUGCACAUCCGCGAGUUCAGCGGCGGUUAUCGACCAGCUCCACAGCUUCCUUCUCGUCGGCCUCUAGUUUCGACUCGACCAACCCAAUGCCAGAAUCGACCAGCACUUUCCUCCAACGCGCACGCGACAUCGUCAACACAUCCGGCACGGCCACAAUCGAAGUAGGUGCAAACAGGCACUCACAACCCAUCUCCAUUCCAUCUUCAUACCACAACAGCCGCCGCUCAUCCAUACUCCCAGAAGGCUCAGCAAGACCCAUGGCCGACUCGCCCACUUUACCCCCAUCCCUCACCUCAUCAACAACCGAGCUCCUUCGUCAUAGCGACCGUCCAGAUACAGCACCCUCUUCACCUUCUCUCGAUCCUACCCUCGUUCCCUCUCUGGAUACCAUGCAAACGCUACAUCUAGGCCCGCCUCAACGAGCCUUGCUCCAGCGUUCCGGUUCGAGUAGUUCAUCACGCAUGUUUCACGUUUCCGUCGAGCAACUGCCUACGCCUACGCCUGCACAACCCGUUUCGCGAUUCAGCGCCUGUUCUUCUCUUGCCAACAAACCUACAGAACCGAUCUUGCGCUUCAGUGCGUGUUCUUCGCUGGCCAGUAAAUGUAGUUCAGCCAUGGCGCACGGAGACGCUGAUGAUACACCGGAUUUCAGUAUCAGGCAUCCUGCUCCUCCUGGUCCUUUGGUCUCUGAUUCUCCACCACUGGAAGCGGUACCAUCGCCAGUCAAGCGACGAACGGGGAGUUUGGAGGGGAGUCAGGAUCUUCGCGCUGUGUACAUUGAACAGGGAAGAGCGAGCGUUAUAACCUGUCCUCCGCGCCAACGAAGUCCGAGGAAGAGUCUACAGGGGGGGUGUUGGUGGGAUGAAUCGCCUCCAAAAGUGUAUCUAUAG